AAACGAGCGAGUACUCAGACAGAAAAUGGCCGCCAUGCAGUGUGCAUUUGAUAUAUCUGUUUUAUAAGCUUUGUUUGCAUUGUUCGGCUGUUGCGUUAUGCGCUUUUUCCCUUAAGGGAUUAACAUAAUGUUCAAAAGGGCGAAACGAGCUAAUUUGCGGCGGAGGAAUGACUCCGACGAGGAUGAGCUGGAGGAGAGCCAGCCGCAGUCUUUUGCGCCCACCUCUUUCGGGCCUGUGGUUGAAAUCCCGUUCAUUGAGACCAGCGGGGCUCCGAGCAGCGAGGAGAACUGUUUCAGUAACGGCUUUCUGUCAAACCUGAACACCAUGAGACCCGUGAAGAAGGAAAAGAAGUGCAAAGAAGUUCCAGUGGUAGUUCCUCCGACUAAAGCCAGUUUGCUGAGUUUUGACGAUGACGAAGAGGGAUCCGAGGUGUUCCGAGUGAAGAAACCCAACCACAGCAAGAAGAUAGUCAAGCAGCUGAAGAAAGAAUACAAGGAAGAUUUGCAGAAAUCGGGAAAUGUCAAGCAGGAAACCAAAUCAGACGCUCCCCCUCAGCCUGUGUUUACUGUGAAAGAGGAGGCUAUCAGCAGAGGCAACAGUGAACACGGAGAGGAGGAGAUGGAAGUGGAGAGUGGAGAUGAACAGAACGAAGAAGCAAAAGCCCAAGGGGGUCAACUGUCCAGGGGCAGGAACGUGGGAUCAUCAUUCAACACACUGUCAUCCCUCACUAGCCUGAAGCCAGGAGAGAUCCCUGAUGCAGCAUUCAUCCACGCUGCAAGGAAGCGUCGGCAGCUAGCGAGAGAGCUCGGAGGGGAAGCUCCUCUGGUGGAGGCCGAGCCUUCGACGAAACGUAUGACACAAGAGGACAGGGACUGCAGCGAUGACGAAGAUGAAGACGAGAAGAGGAUCCGCUUCAGUGGUGUCAAGAACAAAAGUCAGAGGCAGAAGAUCGCUGAAGAGAUAGGUAUUGAGGGUAGCGAUGACGAAGCACUGGAUACAGGUCAAGAUGAGGAAGUAAGCCGUUGGGAGCAAGAACAGAUUAGGAAAGGAAUCAGCAUUCCCCAGGUUCAAAGCAGUCAGCCAGAGGACAACACAGCCUACUACCAAAACAGCUAUGAGACUCAGCCCUACGGCUCCUCCUACAGUAUGCCUUUCACCUACAGUUCAGUGGCUCCACAGCCUGGAAAGAUACCCAGCCUCUCUGACAAUGGUUCUGUUCGCUAUGGGGCCCCUAUUUGUGAUCUAACCCCCGUGUCCAUUGAUCUGGUAAAGAAGCGCCUGCAGGAUAGGCUUGCCCAAAUGCAUGCAGGCCACAACGCGAACAUCAAACGCUACGAACAGAUCAGAGAUGAGCUAGAAGCCUCUGAGAGCACCAUCCUGCAGCUUGAGGGUUCAUCCAAUGAUAAUGCAGAUCGAUAUAAAUUCUUGCAAGAGAUGCGAGGGUAUGUUGGAGACUUGCUUGAGUGUUUCAGUGAAAAGGUGCCUGCUGUCCUGGAGCUGGAGGCUGCCAUGCACCAGUUACUAAGGCAACGGGCUGCACGGCUUGUCCAGAGAAGACAGGAUGAUAUUAAAGAUGAAUCGUCGGAGUUUGCAAGCCUUUCAAAUAAAGCUGUCAUGGCGCCCAGUCUGGACUCAUUCGGUCGAGACCGUGCUGCAUACCAAGAGAACAGUCGGCAGAGGAGGAUAGCUGAAAGAGAAGCAAGAAGAACUCGUCGGCGACAAGCAAGAGAGCAGAAUGGAAAAAGGGCUGAGCAUAAAGAAGGCCUGUCCUCUGAUGACGAGGAAACCUCUACGGAUAUCACCAGCUUCAACAUGGAGAGAGAUCGCAUCAAAGGAGAAAGUAAAAAGAUAUUUGAGGAUGCGGUGGAGGACUUUCAUUCUCUUGACUGCAUCAAGUCCCAUUUUGAGGUCUGGAGAAGGGAAUACCCCGACUGCUACAGAGACGCUUACAUCGGCCUCUGCUUACCCAAGCUCUUUAACCCUUUAGUUCGCAUGCAGCUCAUCACGUGGAACCCCCUCGAGGAGCCGUGUGCAAACUUCGAGUACAUGCUGUGGUUUGAGUCGCUUCUGUUUUAUGGAUUUGAGGAGCACAGAACGCUUGAAAAAGACGACGGGGAUAUCGGCUUGCUGCCUGCUAUCGUAGAGAAGGUUCUUCUCUCCAAACUAUCAGUGCUGGCAGAGCAAGUGUGGGACCCGCUGUCAAGCAGUCAGACAACGAGGCUGGUGAGCUUCAUUCACAGACUCGCUGAAGGUUACCCGACCGUGCUGCACGGAGACAACCAGUACACACAGGAGCUUUUGAAAACAAUAGUCUUACGAACCAGACGGACUCUGGAUGAGGAUGUCUUCCUUCCGCUUUACCCUAAAAAUGUGAUGGACAAUAAGAACAGCAGCGCAUACUUGUUCUACCAGCGACAGUUCUGGUCCUGUGUGAAGCUACUGGGCAACAUCAUUCAGUGGGAUGGCAUCUUAUCCUAUUCCUGUUUGAAGGACCUGGCUUUGGACAGCACUCUUAACAGAUACAUCUUGUCUGCGCUGCAGAGCACAGAUGUCGGGGAGGAGAAUGUGCAGAAGUGCCAGAAGGUGAUGGAGUGUUUGCCAGCCCAGUGGUUCUCUGGGCUGAAAGGCCAGCAUACCUUGCCCCAGUUGGAGCCUCUGUGUCGCUACCUCACACACCUGGCCAACACACUGCACCGCAGCAGUGUGGGGGCGUCUGAUAACGAGCGGCGCACCACUAGGGAGCAAGUAAGGGAAGUGGUGAGGAUGUUGGGACGCGUGAACGCCCUGGACCACAUCAUCGCCGUGGCAGAAGAGCACGGCGUUAAGGACAUUAAACAGCUCAUGGAAGUGAAAUAACAGAAAACAACCAGAGACUAUUUUUUCCUCUACAUUUUGUGUUGCUCUGGACAUUUUAACGCCAACGAUGGGGGAAUCUAGGAAAAUGUGUAUUUGCACAUGUGAAUUUAAACUCGGCACUUGUUACACCUACAGGAUUAGAGGACUCUUUUUGUAAAUAUUGUAAAUAAUGUAUAGCGUUCUCGAACGCCCAUGGGCACGAAGCCGAAAUGUAAUUCUGUCUUGCAAACUCAGAAAGUAUACUUUGAAAAGAAAUUUAAAACCCUUAAUUUAAUAGGAGUAAAAAUGUGUCAUCUUGAGUACAAUUUUGAAAAUAUUCCAUCUUUGAAGUCUUAACUCCACCAUUUGAGUUUUUGACUGCCAACAUUUACUCUAUGGACCCAUUUGCUCUGAUUGUGAGAAAAGGUAAAAGUUAUUCGCGCUCUGUAACUUUUUUUGUUUUUGUUUUGUUUUUUACCCCAGUCUAAACCAUAAGCACCUCCAUCACAUCCAAAAUGCUCUGGUAGUUUGUAAGUUAUAUUUCUAUUGUGUUUUUGCCUGUGAAUAAAGUAUAGAUUGUAAAUGA